GGCGUGAGUGCGUGAGAUAUGGGUUAAUUGCCCUGGCCUAAGAGCAGAAACUCGAGUAAACAAUGUUAGCUGAGAACAGAGCCUUAUCUACAUGGGCCAGGCCUAUACUGUUAGCCAAACUCCAGACAAUGUUAAUAAUAAAAAUGGUAAAGUAAUAAUAAUAAUAAAUCCCUUUUAUCCGUUGUUUUUAUUGGAGUUGUGGUGCUCAAUUGUGAAGGGGCUAACCGGAAGCGUGUAGCCUGUUGGCUGCUGUUAACUUCACAGUGGAAUUAACUUCCUGACACAAACUAAUAUCAGCUCUUGUGAGAAAUAUCUACUUUCGGUUGAUCCGAAAACCUCCGUCAGCCAAGAGCCAGAGUCACUAACCGGUAAACAGCUGGUAAAGGGGCUCUUUUAACGGAAACAGCUGUUAGCUCCAGUUAGCCUAGCUUCGGAUACACACGGACCGUGUGAUGGGGGCGCAGCGCAGUGAGGGAGGCCGGGAAGGGCUGCUGCUGGACGGGGAGCAGGAGGAGCAGAGACCGGCGCCGUGGAACCUGAUGAUCAAACACCGACAGAUCCAGCGCAGAGGACGCCGCUCACACAUGGCCGUCAGCUACACAGACCCUCAGGUGUCGAUGGAUCUCUUGAGGGCGGUGCUUCAGCCGAGCUUCAACGAUGACAUCAUGGCCGUGUUCAGGAAGUACCAUAAGUUCUUUGACAAAGCGGCGCAGAACGUGAAGGAGAACGUCAGCGAGGAGGUGCAGACGGAUCAGCUGAUCAGAGAGGCCUGCAGGAACGCUCUGGAACACGUGAGCUCACUUCCUGUUGCUCUCAUCACAUAUGAGUUCACUUCCUGUUGUUUCCUCCUUAUGCUCUCGAGGUUUCUUAAUACUCUAAUUUCCCCUCCUCGACUCCUUUCCUCGACUCCUAUCCUCGAUACUUGGUCCCGCCCACAGGAGAU